GAAAGGCCCGCUCGUCUCCACCCCUGCCGUCGAUCUUUCGCCUCCAGUAUGGAUCCAUUGGCUCUGCCCCUCGUCGAUUGCCAUGCGCACCUCUACCCGCCCAACUUCGAGAGUGACGAAAUCGAUGCGAUCGUGCUGCAGGCCGAGCGCGACCAAGUCUCGGCCAUCGUUGUUGUCCCAGAGUUCCCGGACGACAUCCAGACCGUGCAGAUGCUGGCCAAGAAGAACGCCGUGAUCCACGCUGCAGUCGGACUCCAUCCUGUCCAGAAGGGCCCGCUGCCGACGCUCACCGAAACCCCAAUCGCACCGCAUCAGCCGCGAUCCAUCCAGCUGUCCGAGUUUGCGUUUCUGGAGGCCCUCGACUUUUCGGCGCUAUCGAGGGUCGUCUGCAUCGGCGAGUGUGGCCUGGACUACUCGCCCCACAUCUUGAACACCCUCCUUCCGAUCGCAUCGGUCGAGCAGCAGAAAGAGGUCCAGGCGGCAGUCUUCCAGAAGCACAUUGAUUUGGCAAAGUCGCAGUCGCUGCCCCUCAACAUCCACUCGCGGUCUGCGGGUCACUAUGCUGUCGACAUGGUCAUCCAGAACAACGUCGCUGCGUCGUCGCUGCUGCAUGCCUUUGACGGCAAGCCGUCGCAUGCGCUGCAAGCAUGCUCGCACGGCGCCUUCUUUUCGGUCGCUCCCAUCGUCGUUCGCUCGCCGCAUCUGCAGAAGCUGGUCAAGGAGCUGCCGCUGACCAACCUGGUGCUCGAGACGGAUGCACCGGCCCUCGGCCCAGAGAAGGGCGUCCCCAACCAUCCGUCCAAUCUGGCUCUGGCCGCCUGUGAGAUUGCCAAAAUCAAGGGUAUCCCUGUCGCCCAGGUCGCCCAGAUCACCACCGAGAACGCCCACAGGCUGUUCCGGAUGGAGAAAUAG